ACGUCGUUUCACUGCGGAUGCAUUUGAGAGACGUACUCGGCGCUCAGCGAAGGCGUUGUUAACUGUCCGCGCAGCUUGUUUGUUUUGGACGCAUUAAACACAAACAUGUCGAUAUUCACGCCAACAAAUCAAAUCCGGCUGACGAACGUGGCGGUGGUGCGGAUGAAAAAAGGAGGGAAGCGGUUUGAAAUCGCCUGCUACAAGAAUAAAGUCAUGAGCUGGAGAUCAGGAGCAGAGAAAGACCUGGAUGAGGUUUUACAGACCAGCUCAGUUUUUGUCAACGUAUCCAAAGGACAGGUGGCAAAGAAGGAUGACUUGACUAAAGCGUUUGGGACAGAUGACCUGACAGAAAUCUGUAAACAGAUCCUGGCUAAAGGAGAGCUCCAGGUGUCAGACAAGGAGAGGCAGUCUCAGCUGGAGACGAUGUUCAGGGACAUUGCGACGGUCGUGGCAGAGAAGUGUGUCAACCCGGAGACCAAGAGGCCGUAUACAGUCAACCUGAUUGAGCGGGCCAUGAAGGACAUCCACUACUCCGUCAAGACCGGCAAGAACACCAAGCAGCAGGCUCUGGAAGUGAUCCGGCAGCUGAAGGAGACCAUGGAGAUCCAGAGAGCCCACAUGAGGCUGCGGUUGGUGCUGCCAGCCAAGGAGGCCAAGAGGCUGAAGGAGAAGCUGAAACCUCUGCUGCAGGUCGUGGAGAGUGAAGACUUCGACGAGGAGCUGGAAAUGGUGUGUCUGGUGGAUCCCGGCUGCUACAGGGAGAUCGACGAGCUGAUCCGCUGUGAGACUAAAGGCCGAGGUUCUCUGGAGGUCAUCAGUCUGAAGGAUGUGGAGGAGGGAGAUGAGAAAUUAUAGUGAACCGAGCCAGUCAGGACUCUGCACCUUAUCCACACUAACAAGCUUUCACUGCGGCACAUCCGCUCAUUUAAGAGACUAUAAACAUGAAGAUGUUCAUGCUCGUUUCAGCGCUCCCUGUUCCCCUGCCUCUCUAUAUUUUAAAGGAUUUAUUUGACUAUUAUUAUUUACCAGAUUUGUGUGCUGGGUGGACUUUAUUUUGAAAAUACAUGGGAGUGUUUAUACCUAAACUCACAGAUCAGAACAUUUCUCCAGGCUAAUUUCAGUGUCUCUGGAUUCUUAACAGAACAUCUGGACAAAGUAUUUUUGCCUUCCAGCAGCCUUGUCAUGUAGUCAUGCUCAAUAUUCAGUUUUUAUGCACAAUUCCUUAAAUCUAAUAAGUUAUAUUUUGUCAUAAUGAGUGUAUUUCCUCUGUCGCAAUAAAUGUUUAACUGAGGAAUUUUUUUUCUGUGUAUACAAACUGACUUUUCUCAGAUCAAUGCAGUCGAUUGAGAAUGAAUGAAAUCGACUUUGCAGGAAUCUCAUUCUCUGUCUUUGACUUUAAAUUAUUUUUAAAAGGUGUUUUUUAAUUGAAAAAUUGUAUUUUCAGACGAAACAAGACACAUUUAAGUAUAACUGCAGAAAUAUGAACACAAAGACCUGAAGAAUCAAGUCACAGUGAAGUAGCUAAUAUUAUUAUUUUCAUGCUCAAACUGAUCUGAGGGCUGUGACUAAACGUUUGGGCACAUGGUGUUGAGUCAUCUCUGAAUCAUAUCUUCAUCAUUUGAUGCAAAAAUAAGGGAGAAGAAACAUGAGGAAACACGGAUGUUUUCCUGUCAGGUUUCUAUCUUCGACUUCUACUUAGAACGAGAGAAACAGUUCUGAGUUCACUUUUACUCCGUACAGUCGAACUUUGUUUCCUGUGUUCAUCUCACCAUCUUUUCUGUGUUUUACCCUCCAACAUUUGUGUUUAUUUGUGUUUAGCCUGAAAAUUCCAGUUUUACAUCUGAUAAUUUUACAAUCUCCUCUGAAUAGUUAUAAAGUAUAUCAACCUGCUCACAAGA